AUGCAACCUAUCAAUCUAAGCCAAAGCCAAAGACCAGAGGUCGACAUCUUCAUAUCGAAUAAGACGCAAUCCAAUGCCGAGCGAACUGCCCGCGAUGCGCCCAUGAGCCUAAUCCAAGAAAUCAGAGAGAACAUAACCUUACACCGACAGCCACGACAAAUCCAGGAUCUAUUAGAGGAUGUCAUCAUAAAUGGCAUAGUAUCAGAAAGCACAGCUUUUACACUUCUCAAGGGAUUCUCAAAAUUAUCCAGUCGCUGGCUAUUCUUAAGCACUGAACUCACUGAUCUACGAGCCAAAUCACCUCUUCUUUUCGGCACUUGUAUUCUCGCCGGUCUACACAUCACCCCAUCACUCCAUGGCUCCUCCACACACCACGCAUUGUACCGCCAUAUUCACGGACUGCUAGGCCGGUCCCAAUUUGCCUCCACGAUAUCCCCAGAUACCAUUCAAUCUAUGUUAAUAUGCGCUAUGUGGGACUUGAGACCGACACGAGACCACGAUCAUGGGAACUCAUGGCUUUUGAGCGGCACAGCGGCGAUGCAAGUCAUGAUUACUACAUCUUUUGGGCAGCUUGUGCAGGUAGAGAGUACUCAGGAACAGGCGCGAGCGCGGGGAAUACUGCGGACCUGGAACUUGAUUUGUCUGUGCCAGUUACAAUUCUCCGUUGGCUCCGGGCGGCCACCCGUCAUCGCGAGCCAAUACUUCGAUCAAUGCGCAAAGGUUCUCGAAUUCCCCUCUUAUAACUCCCGUGACGAGUUGGUGUUGGCAGGAGUUUACCUUUAUCGCACCUUGUGGGAGUUGGUCAGUUCCAAUGUGAUCCAAAAGGAGAUUCCUGUCUGGCCUGAGAUUGAACAGCUCUGCAAGUCACAGGAACAUAUCUAUAAUCUUGAUUCUUCGGAGCCUUUGCGCUUUGCCUAUUCAUGUGCUUACCUGAUACUCGCUCGUCGUACACUGCAGCACAUACAUGAAUCUCAGCCUGGGAAGAAAAGCUCCAGAACACGACCGGAAACAGACAAUGGUCUUCAAUUUAUCAGAUUUGCCAUUCAUCACGCAAACCAGAUCUUGGUCCUUUUUCUGUCCAUGUCGGAUCUUACAACAUGUGUUCACCCUGCAUAUGAGAACCUCUUAUGUUCCUUUGCCAUGGUAACCCUAGCCGAGUUUGUCAGCCAUGUGACCAAUGUUAGCGAGGUGAUCAGACGUAUGGAGCGGGCUAUUUCUCAUAUCCAGCGUGGAGGUAAAGCCGAACCAGUGAGUCGGUGGUCGUUGAAUGUCAUCAGACAGUAUGUCAAUGGGAGUGAUUUGGAUACUUUGACAGGAAGUGAGAGUACUGAGACAUUUAUUCCACCUGUAAUGGAUACUACAAAGUCCUGGGUGGAAAGUGAAUGGAACAUGAACGUGGAUCAAGAAUUUCCAUCUCUUGAAGACAUGUUCUUUGGGCAUGCGGUUUGA